AUGUUCGCUUUCCUUCCACCUGCGAAGGUCGCCAGGACGCAGCGCUCGCCACUGAGCAGCACCGAGACGCUCAGCGAGACAACUCCAUUAACAGCUCCAGCGGUCGUGGCGGCAAACUCAUUUACUUCAAUAGGGGGGGAGCGUGUGCGGCCGACGUCGAUCGCCGACGCGGAGAUACGCAUGGGGAGCAUGACGAUUCGUCCGUCCGUGUUUCUCUCGGGCAUUGGGGCAUACAGCUGCUGGAUCGUUGACGAAAACACGCGCCUGCUGCGUGUGUGGAACAUGAGGAAACCGUUCUGGCAGCGCACAGCCCCCCGCAUGGCGCAGAUCCCCACCUUCACUGAGGACGAGGGGCUCCCACUCUUUGUGGCGGAGCUUGACUCCGAUGAGGAAUCGCUGGCGUUCUGCACUGACUACGGUGCCGUCUCCAGCCUUGACCAUUCGGUCGAGUUCCGCUUCUACAGCGAGGACGACGCCAUUUCCGUGUCAGCCUUCGCAUGCCGCCGAGAAGGUGACGCUAUGCUCACGGCAGUGGGGACCGCUGCAGGUGCAGUGCUCGUCGCGAUCAAGGUAGAUGGCGAGCGCGUCGUUGCGGACUUUGAUCGCGCGGAAUGCCGGGUUUCGGUGCGCACAUCGCCGCUGUCGUCAUCGAUGGGGGCGUGGUGGCGCGCAUGGUUGCCAGGGUGGGCGGGGGCGGGGGCGGCGGCGAAGGAGAACAGCACCGCCAAUAACCAAUACUGCAGCAGCGGAGGCGCAGAUAGUGGACACGAAAUUACGUUGCUGCGCUUCCGCGCAGCCAAUGCAACGCAACUGUGGGCCAUCAACGCCGCUUCGGAGGUCUUCUUACUCGAAUUUGGCCCACUGCACUGCCGUCAUGCGGGCGAUCGUCGUGUCCGUGCCAAGUGGGCGACGAACAUUUCUGCGAUGCUGCAGCACCAGUGCCGUGUGGUGGCCUUUGACGAAAGCGCGUCGCAGCUCUGCUGUCUGGUGUAUAUGGUGCCGUGCGGUGGGCACGAGGCAAGCUUGGAGCUCGUGAUGCUGGAUACCAAUAAUGGUGCGGUGCGACAGACAUUGAGCAUGCAGUCCAUUGGAUCGCUGGCCAAAACAGUGUUUAGCAGUCCUCUGCAACACACGAAGGUUUACCUUGAUGAAGCACGUCACGUGGUGACGGUGCUUGCAGGGCACUUCUGCGUGCGUCUUAACACCCGCGUGGGCGUACGAAGUCCGUGCUCCAGUGAAGAUGUUCACAUGCUGCGCGGCGUGGAGCGGCCACUCGGCAGUUCACUUCUGUCGGACGGCCGGAUUGUGACUAUAGACAUUAACGGGCCCGUGGAAUCCGUCAUCCGCGCUGAGGGUGCGAUGAUAGAACCUACCAGUAAUAUCAGUACAGAGCAGCACAAAUCUCGUGACGCGUGCCACAGGUCCCACUUCACGGGCAAACGCGAGGUCCUCGCGGAUAUGGCACAACAUGUUAAUGGCAUUCUUCAAACGCUUCACAUUGACGCCAAAAUGUCUCUUGAUUCAGCGGUGCUGGAGGCAAGUGAGGCCAUUUGCUCGCAUCAGGUGCCACACGAGGGCAAUUGGGCACGUGCGGACCUCAAUGUGGAGGAUGAGAACAUGGUGAUGCACGUGACGCACAGCCUUGUGCAGCGGCAGCAGGAGCACCGCCGCUUCCUUUUGACAGUGCUUCUGCAUAAUGAAAUCGGGCCGCUUCUUCAGCCUCAGACAAUUGCGCGGCUGCUGUCAAUGCAGGAAGCUCUACUUGCCAUGGUAGCGAUUCGACGCCUGCAGAACGACAGUUCCUAUCCGUUGUCCACUACUACUGACGUUGAAUUUGAUGUGCUAACACCGCUUUACCGCCGCGCUACCGCAACUGAGCUACAACAGCAAGGCGCCGGAUCCUCAGUGGAAACGUACCUUCGUUUAGCACGAAGCUCGAUUGAGCGCGAGCAGUGCCAGCAGCUGUUGCGUAAGGCCGUAAUCCAAGUUGCGGAUCGCAUUCGUUGUGAACCCACAUCCACACCUUCGGCGAAUGCACGGGCCACAGCGGCGGAAAUUGUCUUUGGGGAACCGAGCCAUAUCAGUAUGCUGUUAAAGGUUCUCGGUGAGCACUUCUGUGAGACGCAGCGUAGUGUGCUGGUGGAUCAUCGCACUAAAUUUGAAGAGGCGAUGGCUGUAGCCACAAUUUUUGUUCUCGUUGCACGUGCUGUCGACGAGUCACGUGAAGACAUGGCACAGUUCUACGCCACACCUCGCAACGUUCGUAUAAUGCAGUGGACAAGCGCGGAAUUGGAGGACUACGGAAUCCAACUCCAGGUGGCGAGCGCGUGUACAACUCUGUCCAAUGCAUUGGCCGAAGUCGUGGGAUCUUCUGUAAUAAAUAAUGCCACCACAAUCGAAGCAGCGUCAAGUCCUGCCCCGGAGAACGCGGCGUCUUCAGCGUGGACCGUUUCCCUGGCAGAUCAGCUGCGUCUGCUUGAUCUUCUUGCUUUCAUUAUCCACUUCUCUUUCCGCAACCACUCACAGGGCGGCCCUGCCUUCUACGCUAACGCCAUGAAGUGCACACUUUUCCGCGAGCCAUUCCUGCACGAGCCUCUCGGCUACCCGUUUGGCGUCCCGCGCCCCUCGACAGAUGCGACGCUUGGUGCCACAGUGCUGCACCUGUGUGAGGAGCUAGCGCUGGAGUUCACGGUGAGUGACGUCCUGGUUGCCCUCUGUCUUGCAGAGCCAGUAGAGGACCCUCUGCAAGAAAGGCGAAAGUAUGAGAAGUUAGGCACCUUUUGUCAGCGCAACCCUGAGAUGUACAACAUCGCCCUUCAUGCGCUACUGUCACAGCGCCGAGAAUGGGAACUACAGUUGUUACCGGAGCUACUGCCAGAGUAUGAUGCAGCAGCCGUAGCACGCGACACGUUUCUCAUGCGAGAUGCACCGCAGUUGGCGUGGCUGGUGAAACCAACAGCAUUCCAGGCGCUGGUCGAUGAAGGUGUGUGGUCUCCGUCGUAUCUUGCCUACGGUGACGACCUCGUGACACACCGCUCGCUUUGUCUUUCCAUGGCAAAAUUGGCAUGGGUCGCCGCGGGCGCUCCGACCAGCAGCUCGUACUAUGCUCUACGACUUGACGACGAGGUGGUGGCGGCACAGAAGGCGCAUCUACUGCCAGAGACCAAAAAUGUGGAGUUGGGCCCCGCCGAAAUUGUACAGCGACUACUGAAACUGCAGUCACCGGAUGCGUGGGUCUCUGCAACACUGGUCGCCUGCUUGGUUGAGGAGGAACUGCGCGAGGACCUCCUGACGCAGAUUGUGCGUCGGGCGAAGCGGCAUGACGGAGAGGCCUUGUUGAAGAUUUUCCACGAUGGAGCAAGUGAGCUUGAGGUGUCGCGCGCACUGGAGGCAACCGCUACUGGACGCAUUCUGAUUGCCGCGGCGAAUGCACAGUGCGCGUCGUACGUGGCUCGUGUCUGGACGAACGUCCUUGACACCACAGAGCAGCGGCUGCUGGCAUCGUGGAUGCAGGUGCGGGCGACGGGCGUGGCGGCUUGA